CAUAUCCCACCCAUCGAAAUUGCAAUUUCCCUCUCUCUCUCUCUCUCUCUCUCUCUCUCUCUCUCUCUCUCUCUCAAACAAACAAACAUGUGGAAAUCCAUAACCCCAGUCCGAUGGGCUCCUCCGCAACGCCUCUUCUCGGCCACUACCACCACCGUCAGUUCCUUCACCGUCCACUGGCACAUCUCUCGUCCCAACCCAGACACUCCAACUCAAUUCCUGCAAUACACUUCAACCGCCGCUCCAUCAUCUUCCUCUCCACUUCUCUCCCCCUGCUCUCCUCCCCUGUCGCCAUCGCCGCCAGUGAAAAUGCCCUCGACCCAGAAACCCCUCAACCACUGCGGCCGCCGCCCGACACCGCCAUCGUUGCCAAUGAGAAUGCCCUCAAUCCGCAACCCCCUCAAACACCGCGGCCGCCGCCCGACACUACCAUCACCGACCGUGUCUUCAUAGACUUCAGCAUCUGUCCAAAUUACUUCCGCUCAGACCGUACACUCGGCGACGAAUUCUCGGCAUGCCAAGAAUCCGAGCUUCUGGGCCGUGUUGUUUUCGGCCUCUACGGCAAACAUGUUCCUUUAACCGUUUCUAACUUCAAAGCCAUGUGCACAGGCUCCUCUGGUUCUUCCUACAAAGGCACUCUGAUUCAGAAGAUCUUUCCAGGUCAGUUCCUCGUUGCCGGUAAGCAAGGGCGGAGGGAUAAGGGAGAGGUGCGUCCACCAUCGGACUUGGCGAGGAACACGGAGACCGUCGAUCCGAGGUCUUUUCUGCUUACCCAUUCGAGGGCUGGUGUUCUUUCGCUAUGUUUGUCUGAGAACGAUGAUGAUGAGCAGAUUAAGCUUAACCCCAAUUAUAGGAAUGUUGAGUUCCUGGUUACUACGGGACCUGGUCCUUGUCCUCAGCUUGAUAAUGGAAAUAUUGUCUUUGGAACUGUGCUUGAAGGGUUAGAUGUUGUGACAGCAAUUGCUUCCAUCCCAACCUACAAACCAGCUGAACGGAUUCGCCAAUUCAAUGACUUUGCUGAGUUGCUUGGAGAUGAAAGAGCCCAGAUUGCCCGCACAAUAUGGAACAAGCCUCUUAAGACUGUUUAUAUCAGUGACUGUGGAGAGCUUAAAGUUGCCAAGCCUUCACUGACUCCCAGCCUUCCUUGAUUUGAUAGACAUUAUCAACCCAUUCAGGCAGCAGAGAACAUAUGCAUUUUUAGAUUGUGUUGCUUGUUCUAACUCUUGUUGGAGAUUUUGUUGUAAAUUCAAUUCACAACACAAGAAAGUGAGGAACCACAUUGAUUAUUUACUGACUUCUGUACUUCCUUCUUUUCAAAACAUAGGAGCAUCUCAGUGCACGAGGCUCUCGCUACUGCAGAGUUUGGGAGGGGCAAAUGUACUCAGCUGUAACCCCCUGUUUCGCGGGAGCGGCCAUUUCCAAGACAUACUCUCAUCUAAACAUUUACUUGCUUUAAUGUUAGGAGCUCAAGUAUUUAGAGUUGGAUUA